GUUACACCCACCUUACCAUUGUUUCAAAAAGUUUAAAGUUAGGUUAUGUACUUGCUUGUAAAACUUUAGUCGGAUGAAUCCUGAAACAUAAUUUCGGAUUGAUGUGCCAUUAAGAAUUUACUUCUGUUGCUAGCAAAAUCUUCGUCUUACCGCCAUGUUUCCAGCACUCAGAAUUCCACACAUAUUACGGCAAAUCACUGGGUUUCAACAUCUUCAUUCAUCUGCUACACAACAUAGUACCCAGAAACAGGAGAAAACAAUUAACCAAGUUACAUUGCUUGGUAGAGUUGGAGCAGAUCCACAGAAGCGUGGUUCCGAGGAACAUCCUGUAAUAAACUUUCCAUUAGCUACUCAUUUUAGUUACAAAUAUGAAUCAGGAGAUGUCUUACAACGAACUGACUGGCACAGAAUAAGUAUUUUUAAACCAGGUCUUAGAGACACAGUAUAUAAAUUUCUUAAAAAAGGUCACAGAGUUUAUAUUACUGGGAAAUUGUCAUAUGGUGAAGUUAAAAUGGAUGAUGGUCAAGUCAGAACUGCUUCCACAAUAAUAGCAGAUGAUGUCAUAUUUUUCCAGAAUGCACCUCCUGAACAUUAAUUUUGGUAAUAAUAAAAUUACUGUGUUUAAGUUUUGAUUAGAUGCUAAGUAUAAUGUAGAUGAAUAUGUGAUAAGAAAUAAAAAACUUUUAAAACUGCCAUGUA